AUGGUGGCGAUCAUCCCAAACUUCAUGCCGUUGUGCAUUUUACUUGGAUCUGAUAUUCCACUAACAAGUGGCGUGGAAGGAAUUGAAGAGAAUCAUGUUAUAAGUUGGCUUAGGAACGGCGAGGAGAUUACUCGAGGUGAAGAAAUAUUGGCAUACGAUCACUGCAGCGAGCAUUUAGUUCAUCAAGUACAGCCCAAUGGGAUGGUUACAAUUAAUAUAAGAGAUGCGAAAUUAAGUGAUGGAGGGACGUACUCGAUUAGAGUAUACGAACGACGCCAAGACGGAACUCUGCAGCAGAUCGCGCAAGAAGAAGUUGCGUUUGUGAACGUAGGUGAAUGCAACGACGAAAACCCGAGAAUGGACAUUGUACUGGAAAACCGACAGCUUAACGAUGGUUAUGUACAAACGCAGACUAAGCUACAAGUAGAUACAGUACAACCGUUAUCAAAAGAUCAAGCUAGCAAAAUGGUGGCGAUCAUUUCAGACUUUAAACCAUUGUGCGUUUUACUUGAAUCUGAUGUUUCAAUCCUAUGUCGCGUAGAAGGAAAUGGUGAGAAUCAUGUUAUAAGUUGGCUAAGGGACGACGAGGAGAUUAUUCGAGGUGAAGAAAUAUUGGCAGACGAUCACUGUAGCGAGCGUUUAGUUCAUCAGGUACAACCGAAUGGGAUGGUUACGCUUAAUAUACGAGAUGCGCAAUCAAGUGACGAAGGGACAUAUGCGAUCAGAGUAUACAAAAGACGCCAAGACGGAGCUCUACACCAAGUUACACAAAAAGUCGUUGCGUCCUUGGACGUUAAUGGUGGCGAUGUUGGAGAGAAUACAUAUAUACAGUGUUCUCGUAAAGAACCACCUUUGUAUCUCGCGGUCAGCUUCUGUCUCGCGGCCAGCUUCUGUCUCGCGGUCAGCUUCUGGACAGCGAGAAUAUAA